AUGGAAAUAAAAGCAAAAAUGUGUAAAAUAGAGGUAAACAAGUAAACAAACCUUGAAAAACCCGCUUCCUUCAACCUCUAAAAAGAUAUUUGUAAUUUGUAAUAAUUUAAUUAAAAUGUGUGGAAUAUUUUGUUGCAUUUGCCUUGAAACUAAUAACAAGCAACAAGAUAUAGAAAUAGAUGAAAGACUGGCUAAACUCCUACAAAAUCGAGGACCCGACAAUCACAACGUGAUAUCCAAAAACAACAUUUUAUUUGGAGGUUUUGUUCUUUGGCAACAAGGCCAAUCUCCAACAAAACAACCAAUUUGCUAUAAAAACUGGACAUUGUUAUUAAAUGGUGAUAUUUUUAAUAAGGACACUCAAAAUGAAUGUUCAGAUACAAGUUGGCUAAUAGAGAAAUUGGCAACUUGCUCGAAUGAUGAUGAUAUUUUGAAUAUUUUCAAAAAUCUCAAAGGACCAUAUAGCGUUAUUCUAUAUGACUACGAAAGUAAUAAUGUUUAUUUUGCAAGAGAUCCAUUAGGACGUAAUUCAUUGCUAAUCGAAAGUGAUUCAACAUGUAUAAGAAUUCUAAGCAACUCUUUUCUUGACCAUUCCGGCCAAAACAAAACCUGCUUAGAACUUCCUCCACUUGGGCUGUUCAAAAUAAAUGCUGAUAACCCAAAAACCGCUCUACUUUAUCCAUGGAAAUCUUCAACUGAUAACAUGCAAAAGGAUCUAGAAAAAAUGGAUGCAAUUUUGCAUGUCGAAAUAUCUAGUAAAUGUAUUGAUCCUAUUUGGCUAUCGCCAGCUAAAUUACUGAAUGAUUACUUUGAUUUCUACGAACUAUGCAACGCGCACAAAAACUCUGAAACUAUUUAUGAUUAUUUGUUAGAUGACAAAAUCAUUAAUCAGUCUAUUGGCCGCUUUCUCAUUUUGUUAAGAAAUUCAGUCAAAGAACGAGUUUCAUUUACUCCAAAUUACUGCAACGUAUGCAUUGAGACUCUUAAACCAGAAUGUAAACAUUCAAAAAUAGCAAUUCUAUUCUCAGGAGGAAUUGAUUGUACUAUUUUGGCAAUAGUUGCUAAUGAAUUUGUUGAUAUUGAGGAUUCAAUUGAUUUAAUAAAUGUAGCUUUCGAAGCGCCUAAAGCAAAAAGUGAUAUUAACUGGGAUGUACCAGAUCGAUGUUCUGCUAAAGAAUCUUUUGAAGAAUUGAAGAAACUUUGUCCGUCAAGAAAGUGGAAUUUCAUUGAAGUCAACGUUACAAGAAAAGAGCUGAAUGACGAGCUUCAAUCGCACAUUAAACAUCUAAUUUAUCCUCUCAAUACUAUUCUUGAUGAAUCGUUGGGAUGUGCUUUUUGGUUCGCUUCAAGAGGCAAUGGUUAUUGCAAUGGGAAUAUUUAUAAAUCAUCUGCAAGGGUUGUUUUAAUAGGUAGUGGAGCUGAUGAACUAUUUGGAGGCUACACAAGACACAGAAAUGCAUUCAACCGUUGUAAUGGUUCACACGAAGAAAAGCUCAUAAGUCUUUCAGAGGAAUUGGAUCUAGACUGGGAGCGCCUUCCUUCGAGAAAUUUAGGUAGAGAUGACAGAGUUAUAGCUGACAAUAAUAAAACUUCCCGAGCACCGUUCAUUCAGGAAGACAUAACACAAUUUGUUCGUAGUUUUGAGCCUGAGCAACGAUGUUGUUUUACACUCGAACAAGGUGUUGGUGAUAAAUUGUUCCUUAGAUUGAGUGGUUACCAGUUGGGUUUGAGAAAUUCAACGAGGCUGAAAAAACGUGCAGUACAAUUUGGUUCAAGGAUUGCUAAUAAAAAUCAAAACGCCAAAGAUAUAUCUUUAAAUAUUCAGUAGUAGAUUUGAAUUUUAUUUAUAAACAUACAUUAAUGUUUUGUUCUAGUUUAAUAAAUACAUAAACUUUAGGAUAUAAAUUUUAACAAAAAAAAUAGUUGCAAUUAAAUA